CCUCCAGCUCCUGCUGACAUUUUAUAUCCCGACACAGCGGCCAAAAAACGGUGCGAUUGAGAGGUGAGAUGCCGGGAAUGAUGGAUAAAGGCUCGGAGUAUUUAGGGAAAGGCCGCUCAAACGGCACCAAGAGUCCGUCCAACGCUUCUAACGGACAUUUUUCUGACGAAAGCGGCAGCGACGACGAACACGAUGUGGGGAUGCGGGUCGGAGCCGAUUAUCAGGCGACCAUCCCGGAGUUCGAGCCCGGUUCCACUAAAUACUCAGAUAAAGACAGCGGGGGGAUGCUGGUUUGGUCUCCGUAUCACACCAUCGUUGACUCCAAAUUGGAUGAGUACAUCGCCAUCGCCAAAGAGAAACAUGGAUACAACGUGGAGCAGGCUCUCGGCAUGCUCUUCUGGCACAAACACAACAUUGAGAAGUCUCUGGCCGACCUGCCGAACUUCACGCCGUUUCCAGACGAGUGGACGGUGGAGGACAAGGUUCUGUUCGAACAGGCCUUCAGCUUCCACGGGAAGAGCUUCCAUCGCAUCCAGCAGAUGUUACCGGACAAAUCCAUCUCCAGUCUGGUGAAGUACUACUACUCCUGGAAGAAGACUCGCUCCAGAACGAGUCUGAUGGACCGGCAGGCUCGCAAACUGGCCAACAGGAGCAACCAGGACGACAGUGAUGAGGAGAUGGAGGAGGCCAAUCCCAUUGAAGCCAAUGACAGCGACUACGACCCCAACAAGGAAACCAAGAAAGAGAACCAGGUGGAGCCGGUGGUACCGGGCGCAAAGGUGGCUUUGGGCCGGCGGGAGCACCAGACCCUGCAACACCGACACCACCAGCGCUCUCGCUGCCGCCCCCCCAAAGGCAUGUACCUGACCCAGGAGGACGUGGUGGCUGUGUCCUGCAGCGCCUCCGCGGCCAACACCCUCCUCCGUCAGCUGGACAUGGAGCUGGUGUCCCUCAAGAGACAGGUGCAGAAUGCCAAACAGAUGAACAGCGGACUGAAACACAUGUUGGAGUCCGGGAUCGAAGAGUUCCGGCUGCCUGAGUGUAACCAGAAGGUGAACGCCCGCUGGACCACCGACGAGCAGCUCCUGGCUGUUCAAGGUGUCAGGAAAUACGGGAAAGACUUCCAGGCCAUCGCCGACGUCAUCGGGAACAAGACGGUGGGCCAGGUGAAGAACUUCUUUGUGAACUAUCGGCGGCGGUUCAACCUGGACGAGGUGCUGCAGGAGUGGGAGGCCGAACAGGGGACGCGAGCUCCCAACGGAGACAGCGCCACCUCUGGAGAGGAGGGGAAGAACAGCUCCACCACUCCGUCAGGGAAGAGCACCGACGAAGAGGACGAAGAGGGUCAGGUGACCUCAGGUGCGUCUCCCGCUGCUUCCUCUGCUUCUUCAGCUCCGAUUCCAGUGACGUCCAGCGCCUCCUCCUCCCUCCACCAGCCCCCUCCCCUCCUGCGGCCCUCCCUCCCGGCCACGCCCUCCCUGCACCGUCAGCCCCCGCCCCUCCAACAACAGGCCCGCUUCCUGCAGCCCCGCCCCACCCUGCAGCAGCCUCCGCCUCUCAUCCGCCCCUCCAACCCACUGCCCCCUCGCCUUAAUCCGCGCCCACCCAUGACCCUCUGCGGUAACCCCGGGGGAUCAGGUCCAAGCUCCGCCCAGCAGCCGCCCGGCUUGGCCGUCCACCAAUCAGAGACGGCCUCGUCUUCGUCCCUCCACUAACGAACGUCGAGUUUGUGUUGAAGAGACAGAAGAAAGAAAAUAUUCAGUCUGAGGCCGUCUGCUGCGUUCAGGUCCCGUGGGAAACCUGAGCGACUUCAUUCUUCACAAGGACGACAGCGAUUCUUUCACGGCUUCAGCUUUUCUACUCUCGUCACGCCUGAACAUGAAGCUGACAAGCCGAGUUUUUACUAUUUGCUGAGCAGUAUUUUAUGGGUUAAAGUCGGUCUUUCCCACAGGACUUACAUGCAGCGUACCUGCUCGGUUUUAAAAUCUUCGUUUUGUAAAUGUUUGACAAGAAGUCAUUCAGUCUUUAUUUAAGCAGACAUGUGGCGUCCCACAGGGUUCAGUUUUGGGUCUCGCAUCAGUUUGGCUCCACUUGGCCAUAAUGCACUACCUGUAAAACAUUUCAGAGCCAGUGAUUCACUCUAAGAAGCCGCCAGAUACUGAAAGCUGGAUGUUGCGUUAUUUUCUACAGCCAAAUUAAUCUGAAAGUGUAAAAUUACUUUAAACUUGAAUAGUUGUUAUUUCUCACAUUAAGACAUUGAUGAUUUUAUUGAUUUCAUCUUUUCUGAGUUGUCUUGAAGCUCCACCUUCCAGGUUUCACUACACGUGUUCUUUCUGAGACUCUGCUGCCUUUUGUGUUACUCAACCCUCCCGUCGACUGGUCGGUCCACCACGCUGGAUCGUUCUAGAACAGACUGGAAGUGCUGGCUGUGCUGAUGUGCAAUCUGGAAAACAUUAACCUGCUCCCCAGAGGAUGACCCUUCAGAUUAAAAUGAGCCCAUGAUUUUUCCUGCAGGACAAACUGUUUAGCUGCACCACAGGUAAGACAGGUCAGUCCUCAGGAGCCUGGACUCAGCGGCAGCAGGACUUCACUAAACGCUGGAUUCAAGAAUCCAGAAUCACAAAUUUGCCAAAAGGCUUUACAGUUCAACUGCAGGGCCCGAAAGUCUGGAUUUGAAGUCUAAUGUCAACAGCUCUCAUGUGCAGACCAAAAACCGGAAACACGUCCGUCCCUCAAUGCUUUGACUUCCGCUCUUUGUCUCUGACUGAAGACAUAAAUCUUUAAAAACGACUCACAAAUAUCUGCUCACCGUAGUUUCUAUCAGGCAGACAGCAGGAAACACAGCAUCUGUUGGGACUACUUUCAGCGGCGGAUGAAUCCACAUUGUGUGCUGUAGUGUGUGUGUGUGUGUGUGUGUGUGUGUGUGUGUGUGUGUGUGAGUGAUGAAGGGACAGUGAGGUUCGCUGAUGUGUUUUAAUGGAGCUCAGAGGAAGAAGAUCCAUCAGGCUGUGAUAACUGUUAGCAGUUAGCAGUUAGCAUUCACUGCUAGUUUAAGUCUGAACAUGAGAUUUGAUGACAAGAUAAAAAAUAUCACCAGACUGAACUGGUCCAUCCCAGUUUAUAUGAUCUGUUGUCACCAACAUGGCGGCGUGUCCAUGGUAACAGAUGGUAAUGAGGUCAGUGUUGAGUACAGUAGCAGUAAACAGGAACGUGUACAAUUUGAUGUCUGAGUGAUUGACAACCUGCUGUCGUCCAAUCAGCUGUCAGUAACUCAUUCGCUCUGUGACGAACAGCUGCAGCACAUCUGCCGUUAAGAUGAUUUGAUGCUUCGCCCUGACGUCCUGCAGUUGGUGACGUCGUCUGUAAAAUGUCUCCGUCAGCCAGUGAAAACUUUCCUCGCUCUUCUUUUCUGUCUCCUGCUGUUGGUUUGAGUUUUCAGUCGCUGUCGUUUCUCCACAUGUUGAAGAUUCAUUUUGAAACUAAAAACUUCUGGAGCUCCAGAUGUGCCGUCAUCUGCCUUUUCAUUAUUUAUUCUUCUUCCUCCUCCUGGUGCUACCACUACGGACUGGGUGUAAAAAAUCAUUGUGAAAGUGCUCUUAAUGCUCCAACAUGUACCACGGCGUUAAAUGUAACUGGAAUCAUAGAGUCAUAGUCCUUUGAGUUUUAGUAGAACGUGUAAACUGUUGCUGUAAACAUGAAGCUGCUGACAUGUUUCUCUGAGGUUGUCAUUAAAAACCACAUUCGUACCAUCGGACUGACAGCAGAUCUGUCCUCGCUGGUCUUC